AGCACCUGGUAACUGUUUAUCUCUUUCUCUAUGCUUUUUAGUUUCACUUUUGAUAGUCUGUGAGGAAACUGCUCUUGUAAUAGAUUUUGAUUAUUUCAAAAUGAGUUCUGAUCGUGUUGAUGUUGGUGGUCUUACUCAGAGAUUAAGUGAAAUAUUCUAUGAUCAAGCUUUAGGAGAUAUAUCAAUCUCGGUGAAUGACGAAAUUCUGCCAAAAACUGAAGACCCGUUAAAGGAGGAGUCAAAAUAUGGAGAUUGCUAUAUUUUUGAUUACCAGGACUUUGAAAAUCCUCGCCCAGGAUCUGAAAAGGAUGUUGCGAGAUUAGAGCAUGAUUUCUGUGAAUUGAAUUUCAAUGUUUAUAGUGAUUAUUUAGAUUUAACUAAACAACAGACACUAGAUGUCUUAAAAAUGGCUGCAAAAAAAGACCAUACACGAAGUAAAUGCUUUGUCUGCUGCUUUUUGACUCAUGGAGCACCAGGGAAAUUAUUAAUGCAUGACAAGUACAUAAAAAUAGAUGACAUUUUAAAAUGCUUUUCAUCUUGCAAAAGUCUUGAAGGCAAACCAAAAAUUUUUAUUUUUCAAGCUUGCCGGGGUGGUUGUUGUGAAGAAGGAGUACCAUGUGAUUCAACUGAUUCAGAUUCUGGUUCUGUCACGGACAUUCCAGAUUUCCGUGAUUAUCUUCUCAUAUAUUCUACUUAUGAGGGCAAGAUUUCCUUUAAAACCAAAGAUGAAAAACAUGAAGAAAAUAAUCAUGGAUCAUUUUUUAUUGAUGAACUUUGUCGUACUCUUGAACAGUUUAGUGGUGAAUUAGAUUUGUUGCAGAUUUUAACAAUAGUCAAUUAUCGUGUUUCACACUUUUAUCUCAGCCAUACUUUGGAAGAAGAAUUUGACAAGAAAAAGCAGAUGCCUUGUUUUAUUUCAAGACUAACAACUCAAGUAAAAUUUAAUAGACAAAUUCCAAUGUUUGUAUCAAAUGACACCAGAUACUUUGAUUACAGAAGAAGCUUUUCUAGUUUGGGUUCAAAGAGUAUGGAAAAUCCUUUGGAAGACAAGCAAUUGUACAAAAUCCAGAAAUCGAGGAUUAAAUUUCUUUUAUUGUUAAACAUGAAAAACAAUUUUGAAAGUCAUUUAUCUGCCUGUUCUUCUAAUUUAUCGUCAAGUAUUGCUAAAAGAAGUUAUCAAAGAAAUGAACUAAAAGAUUGGUCAAAAAAGGAGUUAACAGAUUUCUUGAAGAAAGUUGUAGAUAAAGAUUGUUCAGAUAUAGACUGCUUGAUUUGUUUCGUUGCUUGCCAAGCAAAAGGAGAUUAUUUAUAUGAUAACAAGGGAAACAAGUUCUCAAUGCAAGAUAUAGUUGAAAAGUUUACUGGGAAAGUAUGCAAGGACCUUAGAGGGAAGCCUAAAAUAUUUAUUUUCUUGAUGUCUUCAUCUACUAAGAAAUCAUGGUUGCCUCGUGUUUUUGCUGAAAGUACUGAUGGUGAUGAUGACGACAGCUUGAUUCCAGUGCAUUCUGAUCUUCUUCAAGUUGCUAUUAAUAUUCAAGAAUCAAACCAAUUAGAAGGUGUGAUUGGAAAAUUUUGUAACAUUUUUGGAGAAGAAAGUUCUGAAGAUUUUCUCACCCAGCUGACCAGGAUGAAUGACGAACUUGUUAAAGAUUAUGGAUUUUAUUCUCCUUCAAACAAGAAUUCAGCUACAUUUUCUUUUAAUUCUACAUUAACUGAAACUCUAAUAUUAAAUAAACCAAAAUCCAAAAGCAAAUGAUAUUGCAUUUUUUCAAUGUAUUGGUCAUUUUACAAAAUUCAUGUAAGUGAAUGCAGUGUUUGAAACAGACACUUUGUAUUCAUUUUACAGGGAAAAUAUGUAUUACAUAUGUAUCACAUUAUAAUUUUGUUCCCACUUUUAACUUAUCAUAUUUGUUUUCUUUUGUAGAAUUAAUUAAAACACAUGACAAGAUAAAAAAAAUUAUGAUUUGUUAAGUUUCAGAAAAUAUUUGAUGUUAUUUUUUUAUAAUAUUUUUAUGUUUUUUUAUUGUGAAUAUAAUCGUGCCAUUUUUUGAAAAUUAGUUUGUAUAUUUGUUUUAAUUUAUAUGAUAUGCAACUGUGAUAAGUUUUUUUUACUUAAAAAAAGUCAGGAUUUUCAAAUUAAAUGUCAAAUAAUCUUUUUGAAAGAGAUUGA